GUAAAAGCUCAAACUCAAAAUCAAAUCAAAGGCCUCUUGUUCGUCUUCUUCUUCUUCAUGCCCAGCCCACUACUACUACUACUCUUCGCAGAGGUCGCAUAGUUCUCUUCUUUCACGAAAUACACUGACCAAACCAAAACACGAACAAAACAAAAAACAUAACAAAAAACACGAACAAACCCUAGAAAUUUCACACACAGAUUGAGAGAGAGAGAGAGACUCAGCGAGGCUUUCAUGGCUGACAUUUUUGCGGGAGGGACGUGUUGAAUUUCGCGUUAAUUUAUUUUGGGGGAAAAAAUUAGGGUUUUCAAAACCCUAGGAGAGAGAAAGUUAUUUGUGUGUGCGAGAGAGAGGGUUUGAGCGAAAUAGAGAGUUCUGUGUGGGUGCCCUAGCUCUUCAAUUGGUUUAAUAUUCCUCAAUUCAGCGACUUGCUCUCAUAUGACUUCUCUUACUCUUCUGCUUUCACAAAUUUGUAGAAUAUUGAAUAUAUGGGAGGGGAAAGAUUGUAGAUAUUAAGGUAGGUAUGCAUGGAUGUAGCUCAGGGUCUGGUCUACUCGUAAAUGCUGAGGUUGAUUCCAUGGGUGGAGUUGUUGACGGCGGGGUUGGUAUUGGUUUAAAAACCUCUCCACGCCGAGCAGCAAUUGAGAGGGCUCAAGCAGAGCUUAGGCAAGAGUAUGAUGUUCGUGAGGAAAGGAGAAGGGAGCUAGAAUUUCUUGAGAAAGGUGGCAAUCCUUUGGACUUUAAAUUUGGGAAUGCGGCUUCAGUUAGUGUCCAGUCUACAUCGCUCACUGAUCAGCAUCCAGAACAAAUUGUGACCAGUGAAGCGAAAGGUAGUUUUGCGUUGGCUGCCUCACCUCAUGGAGAUUCUGUUGAGAGUAGUGGUAGACCAGGGGUUCCUACAGUAUGUGAACCCAAUAGUGCUGAUAAUCUGUUACUUUUAGAUGGUAACAAUGAGUUACUUGAAGGUGAAAGGAGCUCUAUUCAUCCUAGGCGAAGGAAUAACAUCGCUCCAUCAGAACAGUCUUCCCAGAUGGAUGGGAGUCAAAAUGCCAAGGAAUCUGAAGAUUCGGCUAUUGUUCGCCCAUAUGCUCGAAGGAAUAGGUCCAGACCAAUCCGCGAAGGUGCUCGUGGAAGGGAUGGAAAGGGGAUGGCAUCUGAAACAAACAACAUAAAGGAUCAAAAUAUACCUUCUGUUUCUAAUCCAAAGUCUGCAAGAUCAAAUGGUGAUAUGGUCUCUAAGAUUGCUACUUCAAAUAAUCAGUUGGAAUCGGACUUGGAUGGUGUGCGGGCUUUAGAAACUACUGGCGGUAGCCUGCCUGAAGGUAAAUUGGAUGUUAAGGUUCCCAAAAUCUUGAGGGACAACCAACACGACCAACCUUCUCAAGUAAAUGCUCAACAGAAUGCUAUUGAUAUGGCUUCUGGGAGACCUGAUCCUGUUGGAGAGAUGAAUCAGGUAGUUUCAGCUGGUUUUGAACAUCCGCCUUGUGCAACUGCAACAAAAGCUGAGAACGAAACUAGACCUGGUCAGCCAAAUGGGUUCAGCAACAUCAAAUUAGAUAGGAAAAGUAUAAAUGAAGGUCAAAAUAGCAAUGCAGUAUUGGGCACAAAGGGUUUAGAUUCGGAGUCCUCUUGCACCCAAGCUAGCCUAGGUGUAGAUGUAAAUAAUGAUAAUGACAUGUGUACUAAUACAAGGAAUGUCUUAUCUAAUGGGAACACUAUGGAACAAACCUCAGAUUUGGAAGAGACAAUAAAUUUAGCAGGUGGUGAAGUGAUUAAAGAAAAGAAUGAGUCCAGGGACGUUGAUGAAAAGAAUGAAACUAACGCUAUUGAAAAAAGAAAUCAGGCCAUGGAUGUUGAUAGUUGUUCUAUUACUAAUGCUUGUGAUUCUGUUUAUCAAAACCAUUCUGGCAAUGGUACUAUAGUCAAAGUUGAGGAAGAUGUGAAUAUAAGUAGAUUUGAACCUCAAAAUGAGGUGAAAUAUCCUUCCAACAUAGAGGGAGUGCAACAAAAUGAACAUAUCCCAUCAGAUACUGAGAGAAAAGUGGAAGAUGUGUUGGGUGAUAAUUCCAACCCCAGCAAGGAAAACUUAUGCACUGGCGUACUUCAGGAAUCUAUGGAUGCCUUUGACUGUGAGAUUCCAGUGACUGCUUUGCUGGGGAGGGACUCUUCUGCUGCCCCUGAACCUCAAACGUGUUCUGGUAACCAUUUAAAGGCAGACAAGGCACAUGAAGAUUCUAUUCUUGAAGAGGCACGAAUUAUAGAGGCUAAGCGUAAGAGAAUUGAAGAGUUAUCUGUUCGCACUUCGUAUUCAGAGAACCGGCGAAAAUCUCAAUGGGAUUUUGUCCUUGAGGAAAUGGCAUGGUUGGCAAAUGAUUUUGCACAGGAGCGUCUCUGGAAGAUAAAUGCUGCAGCUCAAAUAUGUCAUCGGGUUGCUUUUAGUUCUCGGUUGAGAUCUGAACAACAAAACCAAUGUUGGGAGAUGAAAAGAGUAGCUCACUCCUUGGCAAAGGUUGUCAAGCAAUUUUGGACUUCAGCAGAGGCGCUUCUAAAUAGUGAUGAUCAAACUGUUGUUCAAAAGAACUGCAAGUAUGGUUUGGUUGGAUCAAAGAGGAUUGGUGGGAAUGAAGUUUCUGAGGACAAGAUUGGAGAAUCUGAUAUGGAGAUGAUCAAAGAAUCAGGGACACAAUAUCCCAGAAAAAAUCCUUCAGUUUCUGUACUGGGAUAUGCAGUUAGAUUUUUGAAAUAUAACAGCUCCCUUGGCCCUCUUCAAGCGGAAGCACCAACAACUCCUGACAGGAUAUCUGAUGUAGGAAUUGUUGAAAUGUCAUGGGAGGAUCAUCUUACAGAAGAAAGCCUCCUCUAUUCAGUUCCAUCUGGUGCAAUGGAGAGCUACAGAAAAUCUAUUGAAUCUCAUUUGCUACAGUUUGAGAGAACUGGGAGUAGCAUGCAAGAAGAAGUUGAGACAUCAACAUAUGAUGCUGUAGCAGAGUAUGGAUAUGAAGAGAAUGCGUACGAUGAGGAUGAAGGAGAAACGAGCACAUUUUGUUUGCCUGGAGCCUUUGAAGGUAGCAAGUCAACAAAAUUUGCCCAGAAGAAACGGAAACACUUAAUGAAAUCAUACACUUCAAGAUCCUUUGAAGUGGGAGCAGAUUUGCAUUAUGGACAAUGUACAACUGGAACUCAACAAUCCAUGUUGAUGGGAAAAAGGCCUGCUAGUCUUAAUGUUGGUUCAAUUCCUACAAAACGUAUGCGUACUGCUACCAGGCAAAGGGUUUUGAGUCCUUUCGGUGCUGGAGCAACUGGGACCAUACAGGCUCAAGUCAAAACAGAUGCUUCAAGUGGAGAUACUAAUUCCUGUCAGGAUGACCAGAGUACUUUACAUGGUGGAUCGCAGAUCCAGAAAAGUGUUGAGGUUGAGUCAGCUGGGGACUUUGAGAAGCAGUUGCCGUAUGACUGUGCAGAAACAUCUAUAAAGCCUAAAAAGAAGAAGAAGGCAAAACAUCUGGGUUCAUAUGACCAGGGAUGGCAGCUGGAUUCUGCUGUUCUUAAUGAACAGAGGGAUCAUUCCAAGAAGAGAUUGGAAAGUCUUCAUUUUGAAUCUAAUGGAAACAGUGGUUUAUAUGGGCAACCUAAUGCCAAGAAGCCAAAGAUUAUGAAGCAAUCACUAGAUAAUACUUUUGACAACAUUACUCCAAUGAGUGGGUCCAUUCCCUCCCCUGUGGCAUCCCAAAUGAGUAAUAUGUCCAACCCAAAUAAAUUCAUUAAAUUGAUAGGUGGUCGGGAUCGGGGCCGCAAAGCAAAAGCGCUGAAGAUAUCUGCUGGGCAGCCUGGGUCAGGAAGUCCAUGGUCGCUAUUUGAAGACCAGGCACUUGUUGUCCUUGUACAUGAUAUGGGUCCUAACUGGGAGCUCGUGAGUGAUGUUAUUAACAGUACUCUGCAGUUUAAGUGUAUUUUUCGUAAGCCUAAAGAGUGCAAGGAGCGUCACAAAUUUUUAAUGGACAGGAGUGCUGGUGAUGGGGCUGAUAGUGCAGAAGAUUCAGGGUCUUCCCAGUCAUAUCCAUCUACAUUACCUGGCAUUCCAAAGGGCAGUGCCAGACAAUUGUUUCAGCGUUUGCAGGGGCCAAUGGAAGAGGAUACCAUCAAGGCUCAUUUUGAGAAAAUCAUUUUGAUUGGGCAGAAGCAGCACUACCGGAGGAGUCAGAAUGAUAACCAGGAUCCAAAACAAAUAGCAACAGUUCACAACUCUCAUGCUGUUGCUCUUUCCCAAGUCUGCCCAAAUAACCUGAAUGGAGGUUUUCUAACGCCCCUUGAUCUAUGUGACGCAACCACAUCUACCCAAGAUGCUCUUCCGCUUAAUUAUCAAGGUUCUCAUACAAGUGGUUUAGCAAUAUCAAGUCAGGGUGCUGCUGCAACAAUACUUCCGGCUUCUGGGCCCAAUUCCGCACUACAAGGAUCUUCCAGUAUGGUUCUUGGCAGUAACUUGUCAUCGCCAUCUGGUCCACUUACCUCUGGCAGGGAUGUCAGAUACAAUGUUCCAAGAUCAUCUUUACCAGUUGAUGAUCAGCAAAGAAUGCAACAAUACAAUCAAAUGUUAUCUGGUAGAAACAUUCAGCAGUCUAGCAUGUCUGUUCCUGGGGCACUUUCUGGAGCUGAUCGUGGUGUGCGUAUGCUACCUGGUGGAAAUGGUAUGGGCAUGAUGUGUGGGAUGAGUAGAGGCAUGCCAAUCUCAAGGCCAGGGUUUCAAGGAAUGGCCUCAUCACCUAUGUUGAAUUCUGGGUCUAUGCUUUCUUCCAGUAUGGUGGGGAUGCCAAGCCCUGUAAAUAUGCACUCUGGGGCUGGCCCGGGUCAAGUGAAUUCUAUGUUAAGACCUCGCGAGGCUUUGCAUAUGAUACGGCCUGGCCAUAACCCGGAGCAUCAAAGGCAAAUGAUGGUUCCUGAGCAUCAGAUGCAGGCCACGCAAGGGAACAGUCAAGUUAUUCCCCCUUUCAAUGGGUUGAGUUCUGCCUUUACUAAUCAAACUUCACCACCUGUUCAGCCAUAUGCAGGUCACUCCCAGCAGCAGCAUCAGAUGUCUCCACAACAGUCCCAUGCUCUCGGUAGCCCUCAUCACCCUCAUAUUCAGGGCCCCAAUCAUGCAACAGGUCCCCAGCAUACAGCCUAUGCAAUCCGCAUGGCUAAAGAAAGGCAGCUGCAGCACCGGUAUAUGCAGCAGCAGCAGCAGCAGCAACAGCAACAGCAACAAUUUGCUGCAUCUAAUGCUUUGAUGCCACAUGUCCCACCACAGCCACAGCUUCCCAUAUCAUCCUCUCUUCAAAACAGUUCCCAGAUUCAACCUCAAACUUCGUCUCAAUCUGUAUCUCUGUCACCUGUAACACCACCUUCCCCUAUGACUCCUUUAUCAUCUCAGCACCAGCAGAAACAUCUACCACAACAUGGGCUUAGCCGAAAUCCCGGUGCGAGUGGGUUGACCAAUCAGAUGGGGAAGCAACGCCAACGACAGCCACAGCAGCAGCAGUUUCAACAAUCUGGCAGGCACCACCCUCAACAACGUCAACAAGUGCAAGCUCAACAGCAGGCUAAACUUUUAAAGGGAAUAGGAAGAGGGAACAUGCUGGUUCAUCAGAACCUCUCAAUCGAUCCAUCUCAUCUAAAUGGCCUUUCUAUGCCUCCAGGAAGCCAAGCUCCGGAAAAAGGAGAGCAGAUUAUGCACUUAAUGCAAGGUCAAGGCUUAUAUUCUGGGUCUGGCUUAAACCCCGUUCAACCGUCCAAACCACAGGUUCCUUCUCAAUCUUCAAACCAUCCCCAGCUGCAGCAAAAGCUUCUUUCUGGCUCAGUGCCCCCUUCAUCAAAGCAACUACAGCAGAUGCCUUCUCAUUCUGAUAAUAGCACUCAAGGCCAGGCUCCCCUUGUUCCUUCAGGUCACACAUUAUCUGCAUCCCAUCAAGCUGGUCCAUCAGCAGUUGUUGCUUCGAAUCACCACCAGCAGCUGCAGCCGCAACCACAGCCACACCAAAAGCAGGUUAAUCAAAGUCAAUCAAGUGUUCAGAGAAUGCUCCAACAGAAUCGUCAAGUGAAUUCUGAGUUGCAGAAUAAAUCUCAAACUGAUAUAUCUCCUCAAGCUGACCAGCAGGCUGUGACUAGCGUUUCUCAGGUGAGUUCUAGCACAGUUAUGUCUCAGGGCUGUAUUGAUUCAGCCAAUGUGGUACCCGUUGUUUCAUCUGCCAUUGCUGCUCAGUGGAAGGAGUCGGAACCGACAUAUGAUUCUAAUCUGCCUAAUUCGGCAGCUCAAGUGGGUUCCAUUGGGGGCCUGCCUGUUUCAAGUUCAGCUGGGAGUGAGCCAUUACCACCUAUUAGUCAAGGUUUAGGCGCCAGGCAGCUAUCAGGUAGCUUGCCCUCACAUGGGCUUAAUGUUGGAGCACAAUGGCAGCCUCAGUUACCCCUGCAACAGUCACCUACAGCUCCACCCCCAUCACAACAACAGUAUCAGCCACAGGAACAGCAGCAAGAACAACAAUCACCCCAACAUCUUCCGCAGCCGCCGCAAUCUCAGCAGCAAACGCAGCUUCUGCAAGCAGGGCAAGGCAGUUUGUACAUGAGGCCCACUAAUUCGAAACUGGAAUGAAUCAAUUUAGUGGACUGAGCAUUCUGAUAGCGAUCAACCUGCCGGGAUAGGGUCUGCAUGCCCUUGUAACAGCAGUGUACAGAUAGAGCUGGCGAUUCAUUUGGGCAUUGCAGGACAGAAAGAGAUGGUGAUCCUUUUUUGCAGGUUCUGUCAAAAAGUAAACUGAAGCAUUGGCAGGGCAUUAUCAUCAUUAUUUUUUUGUUUUUUUUUUUUUUUGGGAAAAUCUUGUAAAUUACCACUGGUUUAGAGUUUUGGGAAGAUAGAGAUGGAUAUAGAGGUAUGUGUACAGGGUUCUUAUUUCUCCUUUUCUUGUACUUCCUUUUUUUUUCUCCCCCUCCUUUCCUGGUUCCCUGCUCCUGCAGAGGGCCCUAUUCCUUUUUGCCCCAGUAGAUUAGUGCAUGUAUUAUUUACUCUUUUAGAUUAAUGGGGUAGCAAUCAUUGUUGUGGCUAAAGCCUCUUGGAAAUUUUGUGAAUAUAAGGUUUAUGGUGUAUACACUGGUCAGUGGUGUUAGAACAAUCAUCAUGUGUCACUGCCAGGUGCGCCUGUGGAAUUAUUGUAAUUUGUAACAACUUUCAGUUUAUACAAUGCCGCAAGCCUUCAGUUUA